ACAGGUAGAGUUGGUUGGGAGUAUAGGUUUCAAUCUUACCUCGCAGCUAAUUACCACUUUUGCAGAGUGGUGAACGAAAGCAAACAGAAAGCAGGGGAGAAAAACAGCAAACAGAAAGAGCAACUUAAGGCACGAGACUAGAAAGCAGAAGUAACAAGAGAAGGAGGGAGAGACAGCGGUUCAAAAGUCACGUCCAGCAGAUUAACUGAGGAAGAGAAGCGAGGCAGUAAGUAGUGAGCGAGGUGGUGAAGUAAGAAAACAAGCAGACACUCAUUGACAGAGGGGACCGGAAUUAAAUCCUUGGACUACUGACAUCAGCAAAACAAAGGAAGAGAGAGAGCAUCAGAAAGGAGGUCACUGCAGUCCAGCAGCAGCGUAGCUCGCCUGAGCGUCUCCGCUGUGCAACUGAGACAGCUGAGAUAGACAGACUCAAGUACAGUCUCAGUCCUCACUGUAACAGCACCAUGUUGAUGAAAGAGUACCGCAUAUGUAUGCCACUGACUGUGGAUGAGUACAGGAUCGGGCAGCUGUAUAUGAUCAGUAAGCACAGCUGUGAGCAGAGUGGUGGGGGAGAAGGGGUGGAGGUGGUGAGAAAUGAGUUGGAUAGUCACCCCCAGCACGGCCCGGGACAGCUGACCGAGAAGAGAAUCUACCUCAGCAGUAAACUGCCGUCCUGGGCGAAAGCAUUCGUCCCACGAUUCUUUUAUGUGACAGAAAAGGCCUGGAACUUCUAUCCAUUCACCAUCACAGAGUACUCAGUAUCAUUCCUCCCCAAGUUCAGCAUCCGUAUUGAGACGAGAUUUGAGAACAACAACGGCGAUAACGACAAUGUGUUUGGAGACACGCCGACCCCAGCCAAGAGUGUGAGUUUCCUGGAUAUUCUGAGUGACCCCAUCCCUGAAAAGCACUACAAAGAGUCAGAGGACCUGAGUCGCUGGCAGUCAAGUAAAACAGGCCGAGGGCCUCUGGAGGAGGGCUGGAGAGAUGACCACAAGCCUAUUAUGUGCUCCUAUAAGAGGGUGGAGUGCAGCUUCGAGGUCUACGGCUUCCAGACCAGGACUGAGGAUUUCAUACACAGAAACAUCCGGGACAUUCUUCUGGUUGGCCACCGGCAGGCAGUAGCAUGGAUCGACGAAUGGCACGGGCUGAGUUUGGAGGAGGUGAGAGAGUACGAGCGGGCGAUGCAAGAGAAGACCAACAGCAAAGUCAAAUCCAGCCAGAACACAGGCCCACCAGCUGCCACUCGUCCUGCGUUCUCUCGCUCCAUCUCAGUGACAGACGAGCGUUCCCUGAAGAAGAUGGGAGUGACGACUGCGGCCAUGUCUGACCCAUCAGCCUCCUCUGUGUCACCCAGUCCCAUUCGCCUCAACUCCACCCCUGAAUGAUGCCAGAUACACACACACACACACACACGCACACGCACACGCACACUGUCACGCAGUAUAUUGUACAAUGCAAACACACAGAAAACAAAAUUAACAUUCACCAGAGUCAUGUUA